CGGGGGAUGACUUCGCCCCCCACAAAAGAGUUUCCCGGCGUCAUGAUCUACGUUCGACCCUUCGAUUCAUCCAUCUGACGGGCUUCCUCUCGUUCAGCGCGCAGAACCUUAAGCAGCCCCCUAAGGCUAAAGGCUGAGGCUAGGUGCUAGCUUUGUGGGUGAGCUCUGUGCAUUGACUCAAUCAGAGAGCAGCUCGGUGGACAUCGUCUUUCUUUGAUUCUGAUUAAUUAGGUAGAGAUCUGUUCUUUGAUGGCGGGUGGUGACGGCAGGGACAGCCCUUUUGGCAUACUGCUACCAAGCUGCUGACAACGCUGGACCCUCGGAAGGUCUGUUUUAACGAUGGUGUCAGCACCGGCCCAGUAACAGAGAAAAACUGGACAAAUGGCUGCCACAAUGCAGCAACUUUCUGCCACUGCUGCUCCUUGCAGAAAUCUCUGUUCGAAUCGGGCUCCUCGCAAGGGGUGCGCUCAUACACAAGCUGCGGCGGCCGUGGUGCAUUCUCCACAUAGAGCCUUCUUAGAUCAGGUUUCGUCGAGAAUGCUGAGACUACGCGGGACGAGACAGGAGGGCAACUGUGGAGCCCUGGCAGGAAAUGCAGUCCAAAUGCAAGGUGGCGCCGCUAUAAGCCACCAUGCAACAGCCCCUAACCACCCGGUGCGGUGCGCCGCCUCUGCUCACGAGCAAGCGGAGGGCGCCUCUGAGCUGCCUGAGAAGCGGUGCGUCGUUGGGCUUGGCGGCGCGGGCAUCGACUACCUUGCUGAGGUGGCGGCAUACCCCGCCCCCGACGAUAAGAUCCGCACCACCACCCUGCAGGUCCAGGGAGGGGGCAACGUGGGCAAUGCUCUGACGGCCGCUGCGCGACUGGGGCUGCAGCCUCGAAUCAUUUCCAAGGUGGCAGACGAUUCUCUGGGGGGCCAGAUUUUGGCAGAACUAGAGGGGGACGGCGUGGACACACAACAUAUGGUGGUGGCGCAAGGAGGGGUCUCGCCCUUCACGUACAUCAUUGUGGAUAGGGCCGGGCACACUAGGACGUGUAUUCACACCCCAGGCCAGCCACCGAUGCAGUCGCACGAGCUCACACAGGACACGAUCUCAUCAGUCCUGGAUGGUGCCGAUCUGGUGUACUUCGAUGGGCGUCUCGCAGAUUCUGCCAUCCUUUUGGCCAAUGAGGCUUCCGCUCGCGGGCUCCCCAUCCUAGUUGAUGCAGAGCGGCCGCGGGACGGCCUCGAUGCGCUGCUGCACCUGGCAACGCACGUCGUGGCAUCCGAAAAGUUUCCUUUGGCUUGGACGGGCGCUCCCGGGCUGGGCGGCUCUCUCCUCACUCUUCUGCAGCGGCUGCCACGUGUGCAACAAGUGACGGUUACACUAGGCGCGCGCGGUUCGGCCACAGUCGAGAGGCUGCCCCUCCCGGCAGACGGCGACUCUCCCGCCCUCGACGUGGACGAGGCGUUGCAAGGCCUCAUUCUGCGCGCGGAGCAGAAGCGCGAGCAGGCGGGGGCGGGGCCGCGGCCCGUCGUGGUCGCCUCCAAGUCGGGCCGCCUCAUCUCGUCCCAGCUCGGCCCAAGCGACGGCGGUGACGUGGCGGGGCGCGUGCUGUACGCUUCGGCAGUGGCCUUGACCGCGCAUCAGAUUGUGGACACUACAGGAGCGGGGGACGCCUUCAUCGGGGCGGUCCUGUAUGCUCUUUGCGCUGGGCUUCCUGCCGAGAAGAUGCUCCGGCUGGCGGCGACAGUGGCGGGAGAGAAGUGCAAGGCACUUGGUUCACGACCAGGCCUGCCCAGAAGAACAGACCCGUGUAUCCAGGACCUGCUUGGCUGAUGGUCCACUGCCUUGGCAGACCAGACUCACUAAUGUCCUGGUUGUUUUGGCGUUCUAUUACAUGCUCGACCUGCGAUGGUCCGAGAAUCCGAAUGAUCACGGAUGAAAAGCUUCGGGAGUUUACAAGAAGGUUCAACGUGAUCACAAGCAGCGCGGACGUAUAUCUGAGUACUUGGCUAGGUCAAAUCCGAAUGAUAUGGAACUUGAAGCGCAACCCAACUGGCAUUUCACCACGUUAGAUUGGUGAUUUAACACUGGGCUGAAAAACUUUCGUCGUCUUUCAACGCGGUGGAACUCGACGAUCUGAGCUUGUUUAAGGAGCAGCAAGUCAGCCUUUGCAAUUCCAUGCCCCAUCGCGGUC